AUGACUCAAUCUGAUUUAGCAAUAUGGGCAAUGAAAGAAUAUGGAUCAACAAAACCACCAUCACAAACUACUAUAUCAAGGAUUUUAAGUUCUAAAAAUGAUUUAAUUGCAUCAAAGGAGGGAGAUUUUAAAUUAGUUCGUAGAAGAAAACAAACAAAUCCAUUAUUAAGAAAAAUUUUAACUGAAUGGGUUACUCAAGCAAUAUGGGAAAAUAUACCUAUAACAACUCCUAUAAUACAACUGACAGCUCAUGCUAUAUGGACAAGAUUACCACAACUGGAAAAACUGGGUAAUGGAGUUUUUAAUGCUAAAUGGUGUACACAUUUUAUGAAAAAAUUAAAUAUAAAUAUAACAGGAGAUGAAAAAGAGAUACUAAAUAAUAUGAAUUAUAAAUUAAAUAAAGUUUGGAGAUUGGAUGAAAAAAUUGAAUUAAAACAAUAUUUAAAUGAUUUAAUUGUUGAAAAUAAUUAUACACCACAAGAUAUAUUUGUAUUAGAUGAAUUUCAAUUAUUUUAUGAAUUACCAUUAGAUCAAAUAUUUAAUGUAAAUUCUUUAGAUAAAGGAUUACCACAAUCUCAUUCAUCAAAUCAAAUUUCUUUAACUAUUUUAUUAGGUUGUAAUAUAGAUGGAUCAGAAAAAUUAUCUCCAAUGAUUGUAGGGAAAUAUGAUAAGUUUGAUGUUUCAAAAUCUUCAAUAAUACAAUUAAAAUCAUUAUCAAUUGAAAAUAUAUCAUAUAAUAAUUUAAUGAAUAAAUUAACUGAAUACUACAAUAUUUUUUACAAAUCAAAUAAAAAUAAAUGGAUUACUUCACAAAUGUUUCAAAAUUAUCUUUUAACAUUAGAUCAUAAACUACAUAAUUUAAACCCCAACAGGAAAAUUCUUAUAAUUUUAGAUGAUUGUUCGAGUCACAGAAUUAUAAAUUUAAAGUUCCAACACCUAAAACUAGUUUAUUUGAAAAAUGAAACAUGUCAUAAAAACCCAUAUAAUACAAAUUUUAGUGGUAUAAAAUUUGAUUAUUUACCAAUAAAUUUUGGUAUACUUGAAGAAUUUAAAAUAUUAUAUAGAAAACAACAAUAUGAGGAAAUGAUAAAUUUACAAAGAAAUAUAUCACGACAAAGUAAUAAAAACAACAACAACAACAACAACAACCAACAAUAUGAAUUUAAUUCAAAUUCAAUUCCAUUAGAAGUUUUAUCUGAACAAAAUUAUCACAUACCAUUGAUCAAAGUUAUAGAAUGGAUUAAAAAUGCUUGGUCAAUGGUUUCAAAAGAAUGUAUAUAUCAGUCUUGGAAAAAGACCCACUUACUAAAAUUAAAAGGAAAUCAAUGGCCAAGUGAAGUCAAUAAAUUAAAAUCAAAUGAAAUAAUCUUCACUUUAAAUGAUCAAUUAACAAGAUAUGAUAGUGAAAAAAAUUUCAAACAACUAGAAUCAUUAAUGAGUUAUUUAAAUGUAGUUAUACCAUGGGAAAUAGAUGAACUAAUAGGUUUAGUAAAUGAAAGAGGUAAAAUCACAUUAAGUUAUGCGUCAAUUGAAGAAAUAAUAGAUAGUUGUUUAUCAGAAUUAGUAGAUGAUGAAAGUCAUAGUGAUUUCGAAAUAGAUGAAAUAGAUUUUGAACAAGAACAAGAACAAAAAGAUGAAGAAUUUGUUGAAUUAAUUACAAAUGAUUUUAAACAUAAUGAAAAUGGUAAUUGGUCAUUAAUUGGAUCCGAUUCUAAUACUGCGAAUAAUAUUUCAUUAUUUGAUAGUCCUGUUACAAAUUCAGAUAAUGGAGAUCAAAUGGAAGUAGAUAAUGAUUUAGAAAACAAAAUAAUAAACAGUUUCCCAUUUGAGACAACUACAACCACCAGUCAAAAACAUAAAUUAAAUAAUCUAGAAAAUUGGAAAAUUAAAAGACAAUUAAUAGAUAUUCAAUUACCACAAUAUCAAAAUUUCCCAAUUUCCCAACAAUCCCAAUCAUUCCAACAACCUCAGAAUUAUCAAUUUGAUAUUAAAUCAUCACUUGUAAAAUUAUUGAAUUAUUCAAACAACAAUCAAAUUAAUUUGUCUCAAGCUACUAUUGAUGAUUUAAAUUAUAAUUUAAGAAAUAUUGAAUCAAAAUUAAAUAAAUAG